AUGAUCACCAUCCCCCCGCCAGGGUCCAAUCCAGAUACCCCUUCUGAGAUGCCCGGCACGCCCACCAGCACGACCACAUCCCUCAGCGCCCUCUCCACAACCGCCAUCAAAGACGGCCAGCGCGGCCACUUCCCCCAAGGCCCCGGCUUCGAGCGCGGCGGCCACCAGCACAAUUCGUCGACCACGAGUCUCGAAGCAGAGCGCGCCGACCGCAUCUCCCGCCUCGCGGGCCUCGAGCGCGUAUCGACCCUGCGCGCACCACCCAGCAGUGCCGGGGGCGGCGCGCCCUCCCCCUCCCCCUCCCAGACGACCCCGACAUCGACCGGCUUCCCGGCCAACUACGCGCCGCAGCACCCGGUGACGCCGUCGUACUUUGACAGCAAUGGCCAGCCUGUGGCCGUGACGAAGAUGAGCACAGUGGGCACGGCCAGUGCCACCGAGAGCCACGCCACCGAGAGCCACGCCGGGGACGACGCGCGAACGACGGCGGCGGAACGAGACGAAGACAUGCUCAGCACAGGUACAGGGUAUAGGGGCGCUGGGUCGGUGACGAGCGCAGGGGGGGAUCACUACGCCAUGUAUGAGGACAUGCCCCCGCAGAAUGACGACGACCGGAUGAGCGACGAUGACGGGUCCGCGUCGUUGGUCGGCUUCGGCGAGGGCGCGGGCAGCACAGUCUCCGGGCCCAUCUACCAUCGACGACCGGCGCCCGGCACGGCCGCGCAUCAGGCUUGGGUGCUGGAGAGGACGAAUUCAGGACUGAGCGACCCGCGACGGGAACGCGACUUUGCCGUCACCGGGGACGGGAGUACCUCUGCCGCCCUGCAGGAGCGGCGCGACGCGAGGCUGAUGGACGGCAUCGCGGCAGAUCAGCAUGCCCAGCCUGGCAGCAACGACGGGUACGUGGACACCACCGUGCGUGGGCCCGUCAGAGACGCAGAGAACAUUGUGCAGCAGCGGUUGGAUCAUGGCGAGUCGAGCGCAGGGCCCAACGCGAUGAGCAGCGCCGACGCGCAGGGGCAACCGCUGGGCAAGUUCUAUUUCGAGGGGCAGCAACGGAAAGAAUAG